UUUUUCUUAUAUUGGUACGAGAUUUUAUUGAUUGUUUUCUUUCAAGAUUUUCGGCCAGACGGCGACUGAAAUUGCAAGUUACUGUGAUAUAUUUAUUUUCAAUAUUAAACUAUUCUUAUCAAACAAUUAAAUGAGCAGGGAUAUCGAGUUAUGUCUAUAAGUAAUGGAAGGUACAGAACUGGGUGGCGACCAGCAAUUCUGUUUGAGAUGGAACAAUUUUCAAGCAAAUAUAACUUCUCAAUUCGAGGCACUGCGCGAUGAUGAGGACUUCGUGGAUGUCACCCUGGCAUGCGAGGGACACAGGCUCGAAGCCCACAAAGUGGUUCUUUCGGCAUGUAGUCCUUAUUUCAAGGAAUUAUUUAAAAACAAUCCAUGUCCUCACCCAAUAAUAUUUAUGCGCGAUUGUGAAGUGUCACAUGUUCGUGCUCUUCUUCAGUUUAUGUACGUGGGCCAGGUGAAUAUAGCGCAGGCGCAGCUCAGCGCGUUCUUACGCACCGCAGAUGCGCUUCAGAUACGCGGCCUCACUGAUUGUUCACAACACAACGAUAAAAAAGUGAAUCGUAAGUCUCCACCUUCCCAACUACGUAAUUUGCUCAGCGCCAAGCCGUCACAUUCUACCUCCUCCUCCAAAGCCGCAAGCCAAAAUGUGGAAUCGACGUCUGCCGAUGACCCCGAGAAGAAUGCAAGUCGCCGUUCUGAGAUAAAUUCUCCCGAUGCUGCCAGAAAUAAUCUCAACGAAGAAGCUUCCUUUCAAACUUCUAGUCAAACGAGGCCUAAUAAUGACGACUUUAACCAAACCUGUAACUACCCUACGUUGAGGGUGAAAACUGAUCUCGAAGCAACUGAAAUUAACACAGAAGAAAAUGACAUUCUUAUGGAUCCCGGAGAUUAUAAGGAAGGAGUGGACACGUGCCAAGAGUUCAGCGCGACCGACUUGCUCGAACCAAAAAUGGAGGUCCUCGAGCAAGAAGCCAGCGACGAGGAACGUUCCAGUUUUCAGCCUAUGUAUUACAAUGAAAACAACACUCUGGCGAAUCCUUUCGCCACCUUACAAGGUAACAUCGAUCUCAUGGCCGGAAUGAACGCGGAGCUGCGAGACGAGAAUUCGGAAGGUGUUGUGGUGUCGCCAGGUGCGGGUCGGUGGGACGGGCGACGGAACCGGCCGGUGCCGGACGCGGUGUGGCUCGAGCAGCAUCGUCGCGCGCUGCCCUUCGUGCUCAAGCGCGAGAACGAGCGCGGCGCGCCCGCUCCUAGACUUAUAAAGCUGGGGGAGGGCGUGGAGAUCCGCGAGGAGCUGCUGCGCGGCGUGAAGUGGGGGGACUACCGCAAGGUCACACGCGGGCUGGCCGCGGCGCUGUUCUCGCCCAUGGAGCUGGCCACGUGCUCCGUGACGGGGCAGCGCUGGUCGCGCGCGGGGCAGGAGGCGCGGCCCACCAAGCCGCCGCUCGACCGCCGUCGCGUGCACGCGCUCAUCUCCUACGUCAGCCGGCACUUCCCCGACGUCGAGGUCAGCCGCAUCAAGCAGGUGCUCGCCUACAAGUGCAAGGAGAACUGCGCCGCGCUGCGCAUGAGGACCGCCAGGCUGUCGAACUGUUUCAGCGAGUCGAGCAACUACAUGCUGAGUGCCGCGGCGCGCCCCGCCGCCGACGACGCGCCCCCCGCGCCCCCCGCGCCCGCGCCGCCGCCCGCGCGCGCCGCCUACGCGCCCUUCGAGGGUGCGAAGGGGGGCGGCGGGGCGGCGGGCGAGGAGGGCGAGGCGCCGCACUGAUGCCGCCAGCUCGUAGUUUUGUACCAAAAAGAGAAACGGAACCGACGGCCCUCGCGCUCGCGAGUCGCCGCCCGCCGGCGCGUCAGAUUCGUAUUUAUUUAGGUGAUAAUUUUCUAUUGGCUACCGAAGGGGUUCCGUCUCCGGGCGCCGGGAGUCGCGCUCGAAGCUCUAGCGAUAAUUUAUCAGGUUCCUAAGACAUGUUCUGUAGUUAGGUUCUAUUUGCACGAAUUUUCGCGAAACACUGCCGCUUACUUCUGAACCCUCUCGUGAUCGGUCGUUGGGCCGCUUCCUUCGUUUCGUAUAUUUAGUCAUUUUAAUUUCGUUACUGUAACAAUCUGAACACGAGGCAUUCGAGUGCCGAACGAGGGACCGUUGCAAUCGCAAAGUGAAUAUAUCAAAAUGGCAUAAUUUUAGAACUAACAUAGAUAUAUUAUAUAGUCAUUUCGUUCUAUAGAUGUAAUGUAAAAGAGAAUUUAUUUUGGAGUGAGUCGGGUCGGAAAUUGAGAAGUCUUCGGAGAGCUGUGAUCGUGAUGGUUAUAUGGAGUCAUAUUUUUAAAUACUUAUAAGAGAUAACGUAACGGUUAGCGGGCGUCGGUGGACGCGCGUCGCACAUCUGCACAGGGAUGUAUUUAUCAUAUCAACUAAGCAAUAACUAUUAUUUGAUAAUGAAAAUUAAAGAUUUUUUAAUUUUUAAAUACUAUUUUAACCGAGUUGUUAUAAAUGUAGUUAGUAAAUAACUGAAUUCUCUAAAGUCCAUGAUCAUUUAUAUAGUUCUUUUGAACGAUGAUCGAAUCCUCAUAAUGGUUACUUGACACAUAUGAAAUUUCAUAUCAAACGUUAUUUUACGAAAUUUUGUACUAUUUAGUCGUGUUUAUUAUGUGUAGGAACAAGCAGAUAUCGACCUUCACGGCGACGUAAUAUUACCGUUCGUUCGUUCUUUUUAUUUUCUUCUUCUUACUUUUUACUCGCUUUUACUAUUUUUAUUAAGCUAAAAAAUUGGCAACAUCGUUUAGCUGUUUAGUCAUGUUAAAUAAUUCGCACUGAUUAUUAAUGAUACUCAAACUGUUUUAUUCACGGCGUCUCGAACAAAUGAGAAUGGAAGCAAUACUCAUAAUAUCUGCUUGUUGUGGGGCGAAUGCACAGCACGAUACCCGGUCAGCGCCCGGCUGCGACGGAUCGGUGUGCCUGUGCGUAUAAAUUACAGUUACCAGGGUUAGGAUAUUCUAUGGUAGUAGUCACGCAUCGCUACGUAGGAAACCUUACCGACUUGUAAUGUCUUGCGAUGCCAAUCGAUCUUUUUAAUGCUCAAUUUUGCCAAAUUUUACUUGCCGAAAGUCUUGUCUAUUAAUUUCGUGUAAUAUUUAAACGUAAUGCCAUUCCGCCCCGUUUCUCCUCGGAAUUCUGAGGGAUAGGAGAUGGUACGUUUGAUUUGCUCAAUGAUAUGCAUUAUAAUAUUCCUUUUGAAUUCUGUUCAUACUUUUUAGUAGAUGUUAACGGUCGACCCAAUGAAUAUAUCAUUAGAAAAUUUUUUUAAAUGAAAUUUUAAUUAUAAUUAUAGUGAAAUGAAAAUUUUUUAUCGAGAAUAUUAAGUAUAAAUACUUAUGUGACGAAUGCUCGAGAUGCAAUAUGUUAAUUUAGUGCCAAAUGAUAAGUUAACUCGUAGCAAUAUGUCGUAUCCUAAUGCUCUUGUAAUUUCUCGCGUAGUGUUAAUGACCUAAGAGGUUAAAAUGUUUCUUUUACAAGACUAUAAUAAUAUAUUUAUACAGGGAAAGAGUUAGGUAUGUACGGUUCGGAUAUAAGAAUGUUGUUGCGGUAUAAUACUCAUUGUGGCAGGGUGUAAAAAUAAGCAGAGGCAGAAUGGAGUGGUCGAAGAGUGGUCGGGAAUUGUACGUCAGGAGCUAUUUCAUACAUGCCAAAACACCUAAGCUAAAGGUUUAUUAAUCGUUUUUACUUCGCUUCGGCUUCAUUAUUUUUACACUCUGUUUUAAAAGCACUGAAUGAGCAAUGGAACAGAGAAUUUAUUUACUCAAAUAAGUUUUUUUUAUUAUUAUUUAUAAUAUUUUUUUUUUACUAAAAAUAUACAUUAUUUUGCAUUUUAUGACUGUAAUGGCAGCUGUCCAUGUUUGCGGUGAAUGAUAAAAUCAAUCACUGUUUAAGGUUUCGUAAUUGAAUAAGAAACGAUACAUCGAACAUGACACAUUGGGCACAAAUGUUAGUAAAAUUCUAUGGCUUAUUUUUGCUUGCAAUACGUAAUUAUUAGAACGAGAAUGUUCCCAAACUGAUUGUUUGUCAUAAAAUGUUUGUGGAGCACUUGUUAAAAAUCUAUAUUUUAUUAAGUAUAUUUUCACUGAGCAAUACAUCUAUAAAUUAUGUAUAUAAGAAGAACAACAUAGAUGCCACUGUGCCCCGAGAGGUCAGUGUUGUGCCAAAAUUAAGUGCUAGUCUUUAAAAAAAAAAAAAAUGUUGUUAUCAUUUUCAGAUUUUUAUUUAGUCCAGAAUGUGUUUGUUCCUGUGCUGUGAAAAUAAUAUUUUCUAACAAAUCAACACUAGGGUGUGAUGGUAAAUUAGAUAAUAUAGUUGUUUUUUGUUUAUUAGGUCUUAAUUUUUUAGUCAUUUAUCGAAAAUUUAUUAUUUUUAAUUAGAAUUUAUUUUUAUUUACACUAUUGUACUAAAUUGACUCGUUUUGUGAUUGUUAUUAAUAAACUUAAUAUAUAUAUAUAUGUAUAUAUAUAAAUAUACAUAUAAAAUUGACUAAAGCAACUAUAUUGUUUAAUUGUUGUGUGUAUAGGUCGACAACAACACAGGGUUUGUUGAUGUUAUUUGUAAAGAUAUUAAUAAGAUUGAAAAAUAUAUAUAUAAUUGGAAUUUGAGGGCAAUUCAUUGUAUUCCUUCAGUUCUAAUAAAUAUUUACUGUGGUCCAUAUAUAUAGUCAGUUGUCGUCCUAUGGGGGGGUAGCGAUACAAGUCAUAAGUGUAAUAUAUGAAGAGUUGUGUUGGUUUGUUGCUAUAUUUAUAGUAUUUAUAUUAAUAAUGAUGCACAUGAUGAUUUAGCUUUGAGCUCGUGCAAUAUUAUUCCAAAUUGUUUAUAGGAAAAACUGUUAUGAUAAUUUCUAAAUUGUUAUAUAAAUAUUUUUAUAAUUAUAAAAGACAAAGGCAACUUAAAUUCUAUUUUUGUUGUGCAUUUAUUCUCAAAUUUUAUCAUAUUACAAUACCACAAACUCAUUGUGGACUGUAAUGUCUGCGUCUGUGAAAAUUAUUAUUAAGCUAUGGUAGAUGGUUUUUUUAUAUAUUGCUGAUAUUGUGAGUCAAUUCUAGUAAUGUUAAUUCUCGUUAAUUUAGAAUAAUUUACAACAGUAAAAAUAUUACGAUUGCUCAAUCGAGAUGCAACACUAACUGCAAAAUAGACAGAUAUAAUUUUAUAUUAAUAUGUCCUUUUAUAUUGUUAUUUAUCUAAUAUUCAGUUUUUAUAAUUUGUGAGUUGUGGCAGCGCAUGUUAUUGUCUUAUGUUUAUUCUUAAUAGAGGCCAAAUGUUGACUUGCUUAUGUGAGACUGUUUUGCCAAGAAUCAGAAAAUAUAUUACCUACAUUGUUUUAAAAUAAAUGCUUUUAUAUAAA